AUGGCUAGCACACCUACAUCCCAGAGCUUGUUCAGCACUGUCCCAUCUCUGGAAGAAUCCAUCAAAGAGAUUGGCAGGCUUGUAAAGGAACCGAGCGACUUGGACGAAGCCGAGCUUCCGGGGCUUGACGUUCUCAUCAACGACUGGUAUGACGAGAAUGUCGAUGUCGGCGAAGAAGAGUUCAUGCGUAGAAUCCUCGGCGUAUUUCGCAAUUCCUCGCAUAAUGAAGUCUACGAUGAAGUCUUGGAGCAAUAUGAACCAUCUGAGCGAAGAGCCAUCAAUAGCUUUGUAGCUGGGCAGACCACAGCUGAAGAUGCGGCCAAGAUUAUUGUGUCAAAAGAUGCAUCUGCAGCAACUGCAGGCGUUUCUAACAAUGAGCUUCAUACAGAGGUCUUUUCCACCCAGAAGAUGCAGAAGACCGAAUUUCCAAAGAAGGCAAUCAAGGGCUUUGAGAACACAGAAUUUCAAAAUUGGGGUCGAACUGUAAAGCAGACCCCGGCAAAGACCUAUUACCCUGAGAACACUGCAGAGGUGCAAACAAUCGUCCGUGAGGCUGCUGAGAGUAAAAUGGGCGUCCGGGUAUCGGGCUUCCGUCACUCUUGGUCUCCUAUCUUUGGACGAGAUAAUAAGAAUGGCCAGAAAAAUAAUGGGGAUGUCUUGAUCUCGACGCUCACGGAGAAAGAUGCGUCCAAGCUUCCGAAUUUCACAUCGCUGCCGUCAAGCCUUUUCCAACCCAAGAAAACGGAACUCAACAAUAUCAGCGAAGUAAAUGCUGCGUACGUUCAUGGUCAAACCUUAAAGGAUGGUAAGAAGUAUGUCCGCGUUGGCACAUCAACAACGAACGAGGAGUUUCGAAGAUGGUGUAUUAAUGACGGACAUGUUACGCUACCAAUGAAUAUCAUUGAGGUAGAAAUUACGAUGGGCGGCUCCAAUUCAACCAUUUGCCACGGCGCUGGUAUCAACCAUCCAACAUUGAGCGAUCUCGUGCGGUCCAUUGAGUAUGUUGAUGUGAACGGAGAAGUACGGAAUGUAGAUAUGGCAGAUCCUGAUCUGUUGAAGUCAGCUAGCGGUUGUUUUGGACUCCUGGGUGUUAUCACCCACAUUACAUUCGAAUGCGACCCGAUAUCAACAGCAGUCAUGCGCCCGCAAAAGCUUGAGGUCAUAGACGCGGUCCCGCCUCCUCCUGAUAUGAAGGACUCUGACAUCCCGGGACCGCUUCGAAAACCACGUUCCCAGAAAGAAAGACAAAUUGCCCAGGAGAAUUUUGAGAAGCGGGCGAACAAUGACUACUACGCAGAGUGGUUUUGGUUCCCGUACUCAAGUUUAGUUUGGGUCAACACAUGGGCAAUGGAUCCUUCCACAAAGAACGUUGUUGAGUAUCCAAGUAAGACAAAGACCGUCUUCCAAGUAUUCGGGACGAUCGCCAUGAACAUUGCGCAAAAUAUUGUUGCCAAAAUCGAUGCGCUCCAGUUCCAGCCUUUGAAACAGACUACUUUCUUGUCGUGGCUAGCAAUGAAGAAUCUAGACGAGCGCAAAGAUUCCGAGAAGCCUAUUCGAGCACUGUUGCCCGACGCUCUCCAUUUCCAACGUGGAGUGCAAAAUAUCCGGGUACGGGACCUAGAAGUUGAAUUGCCUCUUCAUGCCAAGAAAGGCACUACCAGUGAGCGCGACUACACCAAUGUUCAACGAGCAUGGUGGGAUGCAAUUGUCACUUGCUAUGCCAACACCAAGACCUGUCCCAUGCGCAUGCCGCUCGAGAUGCGCAUCAUGAGCUCCAGUGAAGUCACCAUGGCGCCACAGCGAGGCCAUAAGCUUGGAACGUGCGCAAUUGAAAUUCUCACGCUUCAUGCGGCUGCAGAUAUUUGGCAGCCUUAUGCUCAGCAGGUGCUCAAUCACUGGACAAGCUACAAAGAUAAUGAUGGCAUAAAGCUCGACAUUAGGCCACAUUGGGCGAAGGAGUGGAACAAUCUUGAGGUCGACGGGAGACCUUGGCGUGAAAAGCUGAAGAAUGAGAGCUAUAAGACCGAGAUAGCCGAGUUCAAAAACUUGUUGACGGCCAUUGGAAAGAAGCAUGAUUGGACGCUUUCGGAUAUCAAGAGGAUGUUUUCCAAUGACGUUCUGGAUUAUCUCUACUUGGAUGACGUCGUCGUAACAAGCGACAAUAGAACCCAGGCCCACGUGCCAAUGUUGGAGGAAAAGAAGAUCCCUCUAGUAAGUGAACGAGUGGUUGGAAACGUUACAGUCUGA